ACAAGUGCCACUACCUAUGGAGCGAUGGGAACGCCGUUUGAGCCGAAUUAUCUCAUGAAUCCAGACUUGGAACGGGCCCCUCUGCUCUCUGAAUCUGCCUACAUGAGUACAUCUAUGACGCCAUCAUCUUACCCCCCAGGCGAUGUAGCAUCUGCCCCUAUGAUGGCUCCUGUCAUUGGUGCUGAUGACCCUACAGCUCCUCCCACAGGGUGGCCCACUCUUCCUGGAUAUGAGGGCAUGGGCACCGGUGAGUGUGGUGGAUUCCUUCCUCCUCCAGACCUGGGUCCGGUCCCUGGUGGUGUGCCUAUGGCAGCAGAUACCAACUGGACAAUCCCAUUUAUCUCAGAAGACACUGCUAGGAAAGCUCUCUUGGAUUAUGCCGACAGGAAAUGCUGUUAUAGCACCAGCCCUGCAGAGCAGAUGGACUUCCGUGAACUCCGACCCUACAAUACAUACAGAUAUCGACUGGAGACCUUCACCGAGUCCCGGACAUGUAAAUGGGUGACCAAGCCUCAUACUGCCUUGCGCAAUGUGUUUGGGAAUCUGCAGAACAGUGUGCAAGAAAUGCCACGGAGCCGGUCGGGGAAAGGACGUCAAUUUGAAGAUGCCUGCAACCACUGCAGGGGAUGUGGAACAGCAACCUGUACAAGCUGUCACAGCUCCAAAUACCAGACGUGCGAAGGGUGCUCAGGGCGCGGACAGAUCCUGAAUUACAUACAGCUGACUGUCACAUGGAAAAACCACAUUUACGAGUUUAUAGUGGAGCACAAUUCGGAAUUCCCUACAGAUCUGUUCAGGAAAGUGAACGGGGAGAAGGUUUUCAGGGACGAGCAGUUACUGCUCCCUCCUCUGGUCAACUUCCCAGCUCCAACCAUCAAUCAGGCUUCCCAGAAUUCCUUGCAGCAGCACCAUUCCCAGUUCGCCUCGUCCAGCAGGAUUCUCCGGCAGGGACACACCGUGGAGUGGCUGCCUCUCACCAAGGUGGAGUACACCUGGAAAGGAAAUCCGCACGAUUACUUUGUAUACGGAAAAGAAAACAAAGUUUAUACGGACAACUAUCCGCAGAAGUGCUGCUGCUGCUGCUGUGUGGUCAUGUGACCCCCACCCGCCGCAGACUGGAACUUCAUACAAUAUUUCUGUACAAGGAAACAGGACAAUUCUAUA